GAGCCAGCGUCCCUGACGGUGCAGGAGGGCCUGUGUGUGCAUGUGCCCGGCAGCUUCUCCUACCCCAAUAUGUUCUGGGCUGUCUUUCCCUGCUCUUGGCUACUGGUUCCGGAAAGGGGCCGGUGUACACCAGGAUGCUCCAGUGGCCACAACCAACCCAGAUCAAGAAGUGCGGGAGGAGACCCAGGGCCGAUUCCACCUCCUCGGGGGCCCCCGGGACUACAACUGCUCCCUGGGCAUCAGAGAUGCACAGAGAAGGGACUCGGGGACAUACUUCUUUAGGGUGGAGAGAGGGCCUUAUGUGCAAUAUAGUUACCUACAGAACCAGCUCUCCGUGCGUGUGACGGCUCUGACACAGAUACCUGACAUCCACACCCACGGGCCCCUAGAAUCUGACCACCCCAAGAACAUUACCUGUAGUGUGCCAUGGGCCUGUAAGAGGGGGACACCCCCGACCUUCUCCUGGAUCGGGGUCGCCCUCACCACCAGGGGCUCCAAGACUCGCCACUCCUCCGUGCUCACCCUCACCCCGAGGCCCCAGGACCACGGCACCAACCUUACCUGUCGGGUGACCCUCCCCGGAGCUGGUGUGAGCACGGAGAGGACCAUCCAGCUCACCGUGCCCUAUGCUCCACGGAACCUGACCAUCCGCAUCUUCAGAGGAAAUAGCACAGGUUCAAAGGCUCCAAAGAGGAUAAGGCUGCAAAUUGUAACUGAGCCCUCUUCUUCAUAGUGGUGCCCCCGUCCGGUGGAUGAGAAUCCGUCAAAGCACUGGAUGCUGAGGCUCACCCCUGUACAACUCUGUGGAGCAAGGAGGCCUGGACGCUGCCUCCUCUCCAGAAAUAACAUCUCUCUACCUCUGGUCGUUAAGACUCUUCCUGCUGGUUCCAAAUCUGUGGUGGGGAGGGCGAGUGAGGACAUCUAGAUAGAUUUUUGUUAUUAUUAAUUUGAAUUAUGCAUACCCCAUGUAAUAUAUUGCUUCUGUGUGUUUAUCUUGGAUAAGCCCCAAAUUCAACCCCAUAAUAUAUCGUUAUAAAUCUCA